UAGAGAAAAGCUGUUGUGCACACAUUACAAGUUCUUUUUUUAUGUCAUAAGCCGGUAAACGAGCAGACGGAUUACCUGAUGGUAAGCGUUCGGCGUCGCCCAUGGACACCUGGAACACCAGAGGCGUUACAAGUGCGUUACCGGCGUUUUGGGAAUUGGGAAUUUGAGGAUUGUGGAGGAUUCCGGGAUUCGGGAGACCAGGGAGGGGGGUAAUUGGAGCUCCGGUAACCUCACUCACACGACGAAACACAACGCAAGCAUUGCUUCACGUCGGUUUUCUGUGAGGCCGUGGUAUCACUCCGGUCGAGCCACCCACUUUUCACUACUUAUGUUAUGAGUCCCAUGUAA